UGUGUGUGUCUAAACAGGGCAGCCACCUCUCCGUGCUGCGCAUACGACACAGAGAAAACAACUCUCGCAGGGGAGCGUGCGCAAGCGAAGAUGGCAGAAGCUAUGGCAAUGGCAGAGUUUGAUGGUGGCAUCGGUAUGCAAACAGCAGAACGAACACCGCAGAGCAUGAUGAACACGCUGGAUGAGCCAGUCUCCGAAACCAUUAUGCGAGACUUGCGAUCCGUGGGAGCUAAGCUAAAGAUCGUUCUCAACCCCAGGGGGGACCAAGACGGGGUGCUCACCAAGCUCAAGGACUGGGACUUAUGGGGACCGCUGAUGGUGUGCCUGACGCUGUCGAUCGUUCUGAGCGUUUCGGCCCCAGCGGACCAGGGAGCGUUAGUGUUCGCGGCGGUUUUUGUCGUGGUAUGGUGUGGGGCAGCCCUGGUGACACUCAACGCUCAGCUGCUGGGGGGAACAAUCUCCUUCUUCCAGAGCGUGUGCGUGCUGGGUUACUGCGUGUUCCCGCUGCUGGUGUCGGCGGUGGUCUGCCUCAUCCUGAGCCUCUUCAAUUUUAUGAACGUCUUCGUGCGUGUGGCCGUUGUGCUGGUAGGCUUCGUCUGGGCAACCCGAGCGUCGAAGGUGUUCAUCUCGGAGAUCAUCUCAGACGAGCGCAAGAUGUUGGCCGUGUACCCAGUGUUCUUCUUCUACACCUUCAUCAGUUGGAUGAUUGUUAUACACUGAAGAUGUGAUCUGACGAAUCUUUCGUUCGCUCUAUCUCAGACUGCGGCAGUGUGCAAUGUUCGCCCGUGGUUGUAUCAUCGACCGGUUGCUUGUCUUACACCUCAGCGUAGCGUGAGACGGUAGCAGACUGAGGGUAGGGUGACAGCAGUGGAACGUCUGGGACCCGCGAACCGGUGAAUGUGAAGACGAUCGUUGUGGCUCAACUCUUUUUCGUCGAAUCACUGGUCGGCAGGGGAGGGGUGCAUAGGUUAGUUUGACUAAUGAUCGCCCAGCACUUCCACACGGGGCAGCCCUCUCCUUACUGCUAUUUUCAUGGUAGAGGCACCUGUUGGGCGCGCCUUUACGAUAGCGUGAGGGGGCCGUGUGGAGUCAUGAGUAUUGUCAUCCCGUGCAUCUGGGUGUCUGUACGACACCUGCCUGCGCACCAGCGCGUGGUGUUUUCGUUCGUUGUUCUCGGUCUCGGGGGUAUGUUGAUUUCCGUUGUCGUAGACGUUGGUUCUAUUCUAAAGCGUGUGUUCGUGUUUGUGCCACUGCUGUGUGUUGCAUCGUUUUUGAUAUUCCGCUGAUUUGAGUGCGUAGUUUAAGGGGCACAAGUCCGGGUGGUUUGGGGGGGGGGCUAGGCGAGAGGUGGCUCGCCGCAUCGCUCCGGAUAAUGAAUUAACGCUAAUACGUUCACGCGUAAACGUUUGGCGCGUGGUUGAAACGCUGCUCUACAACGACGCCGGUGCCGUUCUCUGCUUCGCUCGUCGCCUGUACCGUAUAGGCCAGAGAGGGUAGGGAAGCAUUUCGUGAAGCUUCCCGACCGAAGACUAAAUCUUUUUUUCUACUUGAAACGAUGUUCCCG